GAUAGCCUUCCACCUCUAGUAGACACAUUGCACCGGCAAACAAAUAAAGAAAUAUAAACUUUGUUUUUUAAUUUUUUAUUGGUUAUUCGUUUUUCAAUACAUUAUCUAACAAAUGGCGGCAAUAUCUUGCCUUGACUUUCUUGGGUUUCAAGAAGCCCUCAAAAAGAUGAGAGAUGUGGAUGAUAAAAUUAUUUACAGUCUGAAUGCCUUGCCCACGGAAUCGUUUAAGGGACAGGUAAAUAGCGAGGGCACCUGUCGCGACCUGUAUGCCAAACUUCAGCAAUCCCACAGCUCGAGGCAAGAAAACAUACGGAGUUGCAUAACCCUCUCCGCCAACACUUUAAAAAAUCUAGCAGAACGGCGAAAGGCACAACCGGAUGAUAUAGAAGCCGAUAGCAAAUUUAAAGCCGAACAACGAAAACUUCGUGUACUCCAAUCUGAACUGAAUGUCGAGGACAUUAUUAAGGAGCGCACCUAUAAAGCAUUUAAUGAACGGUGUCGCUCCUAUUUCCACGCGGGCCAAUAAUUGACAUCCACAUGAAAAUGGCAAUGAUCACUAUACACACAAUACUUAUAUGCAGUGCAUAGACUUGUUUAGUUUUAAGUCCAAUUCUUAGUCGUAAAGAGAGGGAAAGAUAUACAUAUAUAAAAUAAAAAUGUGCACUGCCAUAAUGCAAAUUGUUUCAAAAAGACGAUUUUUCCACAUA